CUAAGUGGUAAGCCACAGACUGUCAGACAGCUCGCCAACACAACCAAGGCUGUUUUGUUCUGUAUCCAGUAAUAAUUAUCACAGCCGAACUCACACAAGAUUCUGGUGCGUUAAUACGAAAGGAGAGUUCGUGGAAAGCCCCGUGGGACGGCCGCAUUUACUUUUUAAAGCCGCUCAUAGUUGCUCUGGGGGGCGGAGUGUCCGCGGAGUGCUGCGCCGAUUAGGGCGCCCGCUUGGAGGAAGAGAGAUGGCGUGCUUAUUGGAGGCCCCUCUCCGCAUCAGUGUUCUGUCUGAAGUCACCGCCACCAGUCGCCAUUAUGUUGACCGACUUUUCGACCCUGACCCACAGAAAGUGCUGCAGGGAGUCAUUGAUAUGAAGAAUGCUGUCAUAGGAAACAACAAGCAGAAAGCCAAUCUGAUUGUCCUUGGAGCUGUACCGAGGUUACUGUACCUGCUUCAGCAGAGCUCGUCCAGCCUGCAGCUGAGGACGGAGUGCGCCGUGGUGCUGGGCAGUCUGGCCAUGGGCACCGAGAACAACAUCAAGUCCUUGGUGGACUGUCACAUCAUCCCCACCCUGCUCCAAGGUCUCCUCUGUCCAGACCUGGUCUUCACUGAAGCCUGUCUUCGAUGUCUCAGAACUGUCUUCAUCAGUCCCGUUACGCCUGUGCAGCUGCUGUAUACAGAUCCCACUGUGAUUCCCCAUCUCAUGUCUCUACUGAGCAACUCCCAGAGAACCCAGGAGUACAUCACUCAGAUCUUCUCCCACUGUUGUAAGACCCCAGAGCACCAGACGGUUCUUUUCAACCACGGCGCCAUCCAGAAUAUUGCCCCUCUGAUUAUUUCACCCUCCUAUAAGGUCCGGAUGCAGGCGUUAAAGUGUUUCUCAGUCCUGGCCUAUGAGAACACUCAGGUCUCCACGACACUGGUGAAUGUGCUGGUGGAUGGUGAGCAGCUCACUCAGGUAUUUGUUAAAAUGAUGCAAAGGGAUCAACCCGUGGAAAUGCAGCUAACAGCAGCCAAAUGUCUAACCUACAUGUGUCGAGCAGAUGCCAUCAGGACAGACGACGGCUGCAUAGUACUAAAGACGUUGCCCUGCCUCGUGCGAAUGUGCAGUAAAGAGCAUUUACUGGAGGAGAGAGUGGAGGGUGCAGAGACACUAGCCUACCUGAUGGAGCCUGACGUGGAGCUGCAGAGGAUCGCCAGCACCACUGACCACCUGGUGGCCAUGUUGGCCGACUACUUCAAGUACCCCAGCUCUGUGUCUGCCAUCGCUGACAUCAAGAGGCUGGACCAUGACCUUAAACAUGCACAUGAACUGAGACAAGCUGCUUUCAAGCUCUACGCCUCUCUGGGCUCAAAUGAUGAGGACAUUCGCAAAAAGAUCACAGAGACGGAAAACAUGAUGGACCGAAUAGUCAGCGGCCUAUCGGAAUCCAGCAUUAAAGUGCGGCUGGCAGCGGUGAGGUGUCUUCAUAGUCUUUCCCGGUCAGUGCAGCAACUAAGGACCAGCUUUCAUGAUCACGCUGUGUGGAAGCCCCUCAUGAAGCUCCUACAGAACGCCCCAGAUGAAAUCCUAGUCAUGGCUUCCUCAACACUAUGCAACCUGCUGCUGGAGUUCUCACCAAGUAAAGAGCCCAUCCUGGAGUCUGGGGUGAUUGAGUUACUAUGCAGUCUGACUCAGAGCGACAGCCCUGCUCUCAGGGUAAAUGGCAUCUGGGCCCUGAUGAACAUGGCGUUCCAGGCCGAUCAGAAGGUGAAGGUAGAGAUUGUCCGGUGUCUGGGGACCGAGCAGCUGUUCCGCCUGCUCUCUGACCCCGACACCAACGUGCUGAUGAAGACCCUCGGUUUGCUGCGUAACCUACUGUCAACGCGCCCGCACAUAGACCAGAUCAUGAGCUCUCAUGGGAAGCAGAUCAUGCAGGCGGUGACCCUGAUCCUGGAAGCCGAGCACAGCGUAGAGGUCAAAGAGCAGACGCUGUGCAUCCUCGCCAACAUCGCCGAUGGAAACACAGCCAAGGAGCUCAUCAUGACAAACGAUGACAUGCUCCAGAAAAUUAAAUACUACAUGGGACACUCCAACGUGAAGCUGCAGCUCGCCGCCACCUUCUGUGUGUCCAACCUCAUCUGGAACGAGGAGGACGGUUCUCAGGAUCGCCAGGACAAGCUGAGGGAGAUGGGCUUUGUGGACGUCCUGCACAAACUGACACAGUCAGCCGAUCCCAACCUCAGCGACAGGGCGAAGACGGCGUUACAGCAAUACCUAGCAUGACUACAGUGGGCAGCGAUCCUCUACUGCCAGCCUAACUGAAGGUCAUCUAGAGGACGCCUGCCGCUGCCUCUUUGGGUUCAUGUUGACUUUCGUUUUGAGACUUGCACAAAGACACCUUUUUGUUUCGUCUUAGACCUGUGGCCCACGUUUCUCCUGCCUCCUGUUUUCAGCGGUUCUUCUCAGCCCUAACUCAUCCUGGAGGAGGGUCCGAGCGUGUGGCUCUUUGUUUGUUGGAGAAAUUAGGGACGUUUUUUUUCUUUUUUGUUCCUUUGUCUUUUUUUGCUUGAGAGGGAACGUUGUGGAGUUUGACGUCAGAUUCACAUACAUGCGCUCGUCUGAAGCCUCUCUUCUAGGACUCCUGACGGUGGAGCUUCAGGACAGGACAACUUCCUGGUGUUUCUUUUGGAAUUUUUGGAUUAAUAUUGCUGUUAAUAUUAACGUCUACCCAAGGCAUCACUAGCAAGGAUAUAUUUGGAAGAAAUGACUAUUUUGAAACUUUGGGUGUUUUAUUUUUUUGUGGACAUAUACCUCGUAAAUAUAUAUAAAUAUAAAUAUAUAUAUAAAUUUAAACAUAAAUAUAUAUUUUUGGAUUUUUAUUUUACCCCGUUCUCAGCCCAUUGACUCCAUCCUCUCCCGCGGCGCCUCCGCUCUCAGCACAUUUGGAACUGCAGCCUGAUUGCUUCACCAUUAAACCCUGAAUUUUGUCUGCAGGGUUGAAAACUGAAAACAAAUCCAAGGAUCCCAGAUUUCUAAGUUUCCGUUGGUGACCGUGAAGAGGCUUGCACUUGACACAUGUCACUUCUGCUCAGUGUCCUUACAAUGGGAAAUGUAGUUCCAGAGCUGGUAGGGCUUAAUCCAAUCUGAUCUGUUAUCAGUAGACUAGAGGAGGAUUCACUGUUGCUAUUUCUGUAUCAUCCCCCCUUCUCCCCUCUACUUCUUUUUCUGUAUGUUUGUCAAAAAGAAAACAUGGACAGAAAACCUCCUCCUCCUCCAACAGGUCCACCGUUUCCUCUCUGAAGCUAGCGCUCCGGUGUAGAAGCUCUCCUCCAUCCAGGGGGUUUUUAGUGUUGCCCUCUGACAUUUCAAACCGUACUGAAGUUCUGAUAGAAUGAAUGUUACAAAAUGGAAAAUAUAUAUGCAGACCUACAGAAGGAUUCCCUUGUGUUGUGUGUUAUUUCUUCUGUAGGGAGGCUGCAUAGAAUUUUUGUUUCAGUCCCAAACCUAAAUAAAACUAAAGCUACAGUAUGAAGCUUUUUUUUUUUUGCGUAUUUGUUGAAACUGUAUGAGAAAUCUGUGGAAAAAAAACGUCAUUUCUCCUAGUACCUAGUAGAAACAACCAAUCAGAGCCAGGAGGCGGGUCUUAGCGCUGCUAGUCAGAUAGCAAAAGCUAACCUGAAUGCUAGGUUGGUUAGCAUGGCCACCAAUGACAGUGUAUAAAUGGUUUUCCUGUAAUGGUACGUAAUUUCUCUGCCAUUAGCACAUUUAGCAGUGAGUAUCUGAGCUUAAUUGACAUCGCUAAGACGCGCCUCCAAGCUCUCAUAGGUUGUUUGUAGUUUCUUCAGACACCAAUAGUAGCUCAGAGAGGAGGGAGAGGACCUUGAUUUUUUUUCCCCCACAGAUUGUCUAUCAUUUGAUAGACACAUUUGAACAAAUGUUCCUAAAACACAUAUUUAAAAAAAGUUACAUACUGCAGCUUUGAUGUAUUAAUUUGUAAACCCACAACACUGCAGACUGACUUUUAAGAUUUGGUACUAGGAAGCGUAUAGAUGCUGCUCCUUGUCUGUUUUGUUUUCUUACAAGAAUAAAAAUCUGGAGUUAAUUUAACCAUAUAUUUGCUUUGACCUUGUGAUGGUCGACAUCACGUCUGAGUAAGGUUAAAGAACGGGUUCUUUAUCGACACUAACAACGUGGCACAUGUGACUGUAACUCCGUAUCGUUGUCUCUGACAAAGAUGUCAGGCCCAAAAUGGCCUCUUUUCUCAUUUUUCUUAGUGUGUUUCUGGCUUGAAGCAAAAGGAAAGUAUCCAAUGAAAUGAAGGUGCUGAACUAAACAUUUAAUAUUCUUGAUUCAUCUGGAGUGAAAUAAAAUUAAGUCAUUGUUAAUGUCCAUGUCCCUACAUGCUCAUUAGGUUUGGCUCUGUUCUGUUCUGACGUCAUGCCAGUACUUCCAUUGUCACACUUAGAGCCUUCAGGACUGCACUGCUUCCAUGGAAAAUGGCUUCUGAUUGUUAGCGGUUCCGAACGGUCGGGUUCUGUAUUGGAGCGACGUCGUCAUCGCCCCUAAAAGUUAGACUAAAACGCUUCGACACACACUGGCUUGCACCAAGAAUGAAUGCUUGUUUGGGUAUUUAGUGCCUUACAAAAGUAUUCACAUUCUUGUAAUUGUUCACAUUUUGUCACAUUACAGCUGUUCUAGGCAAUUUCAAUAUGACUCAAUAUAAAAUAAAUAACAAGCAUGCACAUGGAAAUAUGUCGAUUUAUAAAUGAACUUAUAAAGGAGUUCAUAAAAAGCUUAGUUGGACAUUAGAAAACCAUUCGACUGAAUAGACCAGGAUUGUUCAGGUCCGGUCUCGGACCGGACCGGCAGCCAUUCAGCUCUGAACAGACCUGCUAACUCAUUUGAUUCAAUGUCAGAAUUUUAUUUAUUUAGAUUUUUGGCGGCCCUGAUCCUCUUCUAGUUGGACCCAACUUGUUGCAACCCAAAUAAUUUUCAUCCAUCACCUGUCUCCAUGGCAACCAGAUUACACCCAAAAUCAAGCUGACCCUUCUGGGCGCUUAACCUGUUCUCCGAUCUGCUGUUUUGAAACUGUUUCUUUAAAAAAAAAAAAAACUCAAAGACUCUGCUCUUACAAAUCAACACUUCUUUAUUGUUGUAAUGUAUGUAAUCCCAGUUUAAAUUUGUAUGUAACAGCAGUCUGUAAUAAAAUACAUCGGAAACCCAGCAGCCUCCACCAGGGGGGGCAGUUUUCCCUCCGGCCUGAACAGCUCAAAAGCAGGCACGUUUCUCAUGCAAAAAUAAUAAUAAAAAACAUGCAUUUGA